UUGAGUCGUAUGAAAAUGAACAAGUAAACAAUCAAAGGAAAAUUUUGUGAAAAUCAUUUUCUUAACACAUUUUUAGCUAUUUUUGACCCAUUUUGCAGUAUUGGAAGGCUUGUGACUAGUAAAAUUAGCUCAUAGCAUCGGAUAAUCAUGGGAAACAAGCAAGUUAAGCAACAUUUCGAGAAUGCAAAGAAAACGGGAGUGCUGAAAAUUUCUCUUUUACGUCUUUGUGACUUUCCACCGCAACUACGAGACUUUCCCAAUGUCCUACGAACCUUGGAUUUGUCCGAGAAUCGAUUUGUCAAAAUUCCCGAGGCCAUUGGAAACUUUACACUUUUGAAACAUCUAAAUUUGAGCAGUAACAAGCUCGAUGAACUACCCGAAGCCAUUUCCAAGCUCACCAAACUCGAAACUCUCAAUGCAAUCAACAACUACAUCACCGUCGUCCCGAUGUCAUAUUCGGCCUUGAAAAAUUUGAAACAAGUGAUUCUGUCAAAUAAUCUAAUUUGUGAAUUCCCCAUCAUGUUUGCUGGCUUAAAGAAUCUCGACGUACUCGAUUUGUCGCGAAACAAAAUCACCAAAGUACCCGCCGAAGCAAAGGGUCUCGCCGUGAUAGAAUUAAAUUUGAACCAAAAUCAAUUGUCGGAAUUGGCACCUGAGAUCGCCGAGUGUCCGAGACUCAAGACACUGCGACUCGAGGAAAACUGUUUGCAAAUUCAGGCAAUAUCACCGCGAAUUUUGAAGGAAUCGCUCGUGGCAAAUCUCUGCUUGGACGGAAAUUUGUUCAGUUCAAAGCAAUUGAUCGAAGUUGAAGGGUACGACGUGUACAUGGAACGAUACACGAAUUGUAGGAAAAAAUUGGAGUAAACAUUAUUAAUUUAUUUAUUGUUUGUUGUUUGAGCUAUGCGCCACCAAUGCUGUGCUAGUGAAUGAAUGUUUCAAGAAAAAUUCUAUUUUAUUAAUAAAUUUGAGUAUUGCGCACGUAAAUUGUUGUCUAAAUAUUUCACAAUGUUGGCGACGAACAAUAAAUCAUAUGAGCCUAAUUGAUUAAUUUUAUCAGAGGCACCUUUAGUUUUUUUUCCUUGUUUUCGACAAAUGGGUAUCAGCGCAUUUUGUGAUAACAAUACUCACCCAUCGUGAAACGUGUCACAUUUCAUCGUCGCGUUGUUUGACAAAAAAACUGAUAAUUGCGUCGUAUUUUGUUUCGCGCAACAUUAUUUCGUAAUUUGAGAUAAGGAGAUAAGUUUUUCUCCAUGUCAGAGGCAACGUUGUUCAUGUCAUGGGUUUUCUUUGGAAUUGAGAAAUUGCGAAUGACUCAUAAGGGAAAUGACUAAGAAGAUUUUUUUUUACUCAAAUCUUUUGUUGUAUAUUUAAAAAAAAAAUGUUGAAGAACAAAAAUAUUUAAUAAAAGUAUAAGAGAGAGAAGGGUGUCCCUCUUCUUCUGCAAUAUAUAAACCCACUAAUAAUCACUAAAAUGGUAAACUACUGCUCUGUCUGAGGCUAUACAAUGUGAACAUCCAUCAUUUCGUCCUGAGGUGAAUUUCUUGGAGCAAAUUGUUGCAAAUGUGGAGGCAGUUGUUGCUGCAUUAACGGUAGCUGGUGUGAUUGGUUGUUUUGUUGCUGUUGUUGUUGUUGUUGCUGGUGUGUUUGUAAAGUCGUCUGAGUCGUUGUCGUUUGCGGAUUAGGAAGCUGCUGAUGUUGUUGUUGCGGAUGCAAAUGGAGGCCACUGCUUGUCGUUGGAUGGUGAUGCGGAU